AUGGAAUCGUUGAGUAGCAAGAAACGAGUUUGGUUCGACUCGGACGAGUCCGAAUGCAACUCCGUCAAGGCGCAGAGAACCAGAGACGAUCUUCUCGACGUUCUCGACGAUUCAGAUUCAGACCUUGAGUCGUUCAUGAAGAGCUUCGAAAACGAAAUAUCUAAACUUCCGGAAUCUUUCGCCGACUGUGAUUCCUUGUCCGGCGAGUCCCGGCCGGAUCUCGGAUUUCUUUUCGAGGCGUCGGAUGACGAACUCGGAUUACCUCCUACUGACCUAACCCCGGUUGAGUCGGAGAAGAUCGGAGUUUCUGUUGAAGUUGGUGAAGUAUGGGAUCAGAUAUCUAGCUACGACUCGUUCGAGUAUGGAUUUGGUUACGCCGGCGGAGAUGCUACUGUUAGUGCCGCCUACAACGGCGGCGAAUAUGUAGCGUUAGACGGGCUUUUUGAUUAUACAGAUGUAGGUUUUAGAUCGUCAGAACUGGAACUGCCACCGCAGCCGGAAACUAUGCCGUCUCAGUGA